AUGUGGGGUGAGGGAGUGUCGAACUGGAUAUUUUACCAACACUGGAUGUCAACAACAGUGCAAGGAACCAAGCCAGAAGCUGAGGACAGCUUCACUGCUGAGGGGGAGGCAGUGUGUCGUCGGAUUAGGGCGCAGACAUGUUGGACCACCUGGCCUCAGCUAAUCCCGUGUCUCUCUGCGAUCCAAUGGCAUGCGGGAAAGGAAGGCAGCCAACCAGAGAAUGACACAACUGAGGUGCGGUAUAUAAGUAGCGGCGUCGCCAGUGUCGAGGAGUAUAUAAGACCUUCAGAAUACGUUGCUGAGGUGCGACGUCAACUUUUUCGGUCUUUCGACUCAGCCAGGUCACAAUUAGCCCUCGCUCACAAGCGACGGAAAGACUACUAUGAUAAGCGGGACCACGGUACCCCCGUCGAGGAAGAUGACCUCGUGUGGAUGGCUACCCCGAUUGUAGCGGGCGUAGGCCAAAAUUUUCAACUUUUGUGGGAAGGACCUUAUGUGGUAGACACGGUCCUUAGUGAAACGACAAGUGUAUUUCGCGGCCUGAACGAUAGUCCCGGUCAAGGGUUCACUACUCAUUUUAACAAGCAAAAACCCUAUGUUCAGUCAAUGGAGGAGACUGAUGAGGAGCCCCUAAGAUACUGUGAGCCACCCCCAGUGGACCACACUGUUGAGAUAGCGGCAGUGGUAGUAGACGAGAAGCUGGGGAGAACUUCGGUCCUAGGGGGAGGCAGUGUAGCGGAAUGGCAGAUGGCAGCCAUAUUGGUGACGGUAGUCAGCACGGCGUGGAGGCGACGUCACGUGAUCGGGGGUGCGAUUUCCGGCUGCGUGGCGGUGUGCGGGCAAUGA